AUGUCUCUGCCCAAACCUGAAAAUCUGAUGAAAAGGGUCCAGUACAUCCGUGCCAUCUGGCCAAAACACUGUAACCAGGUGCUGUGCAUGAGCUCCCAAAGCUCAGACUUCCCCACAGUGGGGCUCAACAUCACAGAAGGCCGAGAAUAGCUCUUCUGGAAGGCCAUCCGCGCUCGUUCUGACUGGUUUCUCAAACCAGAAGAUGACACAUUUCUGGUGAUGGAAAACCUGAGAUACCUACUUUCCAAACACAACGAGAAGCCUGUUUAUUUCGGCCAUGGGUACCUGACAUUUGUAAAGGAGGGUUAUAUGAUCGGAGGCGGAUAUGUGUUGAGCCAAGAGGCUCUGCGGAGAUUUGUGCAAGGUUUCAGCCCGUUGAAGGAUAUGGCCUUGGGCAGGUGUGUGGAGAUCACGAAAGUGGAGGCAGGGGAAUCAAGAGAUUCAAACUAACGAGAAAUGUUUAAUCCUUUCAACUAAGAACGUCAUCUCAUUUACAGAAUAUGGUUUUGA